AUGUGCAACGGCCUCGAGACCGGGCAAUGCAUCAACGAGUGGUGCGCGGCCUGCGAGUGGCCCGCCGAGCGGCCGGCGCAGCUGCGCGAAUGGUUGGAUUGUGUGCGCGAUUUGACGGUCGCCGACGACGCGGACAUCGACCGCAUCGCGGCCGCCGUCUCGACGUCGUUUUUGGGCAGGAAGGCCUUCAAGGAGCACGUGCGGGUGCUCGCGGCGCGCGUUGAACGGGGCGAGGGCCCCUACGACCGGCCUUCGUCGAAGCCGGCUGCGAAGAAGAAGCCGGCGCCGAAGCGGGCGCCGCCCAAGCGCAAGGCGCCGCCGCCCGAGGAGUCGUCGUCCUCCGAGUCCGAGGACGAGCGGCCGCCGCGGCGCGCGGCGUCGAGGAAGAAGGCGCCCGAGAACGAACGGCCGCGGCGCGCGGCGUCGAAGAAAAAGAAGGCACCCGCGCCCGCCAAGAAAAAGAAGAGCCCCGCUGCGCCGAAGAAGAGCCCCCUGGUCUACGCCGACGACGACCUGCUACUGCGGCCGACGUACGUCGCCAAGGCCGCGGCGGAAAUGCAGGCAAGGCCCAAGAAGACGUCGGGACGGUGCGACCGGUGCGACGGCCUGCACCGGACCGAGGACUGCCCGCACUUCUCGAAGCCGCGCGAGGAGGUGGUGGUGGUGGCGGCCUCUUCCACCAGAGUCGCGGCGAUUCGCACGGGCAUGACGGGAGCGCUGGAGCAGGUGGUCAUGGACGACGCGCCGGGACGGCCGCCCACAUUACUCGGGAGUACGAAACGGGCGGAGGCCGAGGUGCGGAUCGCGCCCAAGAGCUACCCCUUCGCCGACCGCGACACGGCGCUCCGCGUGGCGGCGAAGAACCCCAAGAAGCGCGGCUCGGCGUCCUGGGACCGCUACGAGCGGUACAAGUCCGCGAGGACCGUUGGGGAAUUCUUGGACGCCGGCGGCACGUCGGGCGACCUGCGCCACGACUGGGCGCGCGGCUACGUCACGCAAGCGUCCGCGGCGCCGGGAGACGACACGGACGACGACUUCGACGAGCUCUACUCGGAGGUCGCCGCCGCCGCGCCGGCGCCGGCGCCUGCCGACGACUGGGGCUCCGCUUCAUUUGGAAUGUCGGCCGCGCCUCCGGCGGCUGCGGCUCCAGCGCCGGCGCCGGCCGCUGACGACGCAACUUUUUCCAUUUCGUUGGGCAUGAAAACGCCCGCGCCGGCCGCGACCGUGACGCCUCCGGCGCCGCCCUCUGCGCACCCACUCGCAGUGCCGGCGGCUCCCGCGGCCACAGCGAGCGUGGCCGGCGGGUCCGAGGAGGACUGGGGCACGGCGUCGUUCGGCAUGAGCGCGCCCGCGCCGGCGGCACGCGUCGUGUCCGCGGAGGCGCCCGCCGCGGACGACGACUGGGGGACCGCAAGCUUCGGGAUGUCGUCCGCAGCAGCAGCGCCAGCGCCCGCCGCCGCCGCGGGCGAGGACGAAAAUUGGCAGACCGUCUGUCUAUAA